AUGUCAGCGGCAAUCACAUACAGCGGGGUGCCCGGUGCCCGAGGUCUGCUCUUCAAGGAGACCAGUUUUUACGUUUUCCAGCGCGUUCCCGAUAGGAAGACCAUCCUGGAUCUAAUCACACAAAACGGCGGCAAGAUCGUCAAGACUGAUACUAAUAAGGCGGACAUAAUCAUCGCCGAUCACCCCAGGCCAGAAUAUCCGUCCACGUCACUCCAUUGGAAGUUUAUAAAGGAUUCCAUCGAUAACGGUGCUAUACAGGAGACUGAUAAGUAUUUGAUUCAUCAGUCGCCUAUCGCUUCGCGUCCGGUCGGGUCCUCUCGUUCUCCCGCGUUGUCAGCGCCACUCAAGGGAACCCGUACUCCAUUCACCGCAGCCGACGAUGCGAUUCUUGCCAAAUGGGUGCUCUCGCAUCCAAUAAACAAGAGGAGCGGUAAUGAAGUAUAUAAAGCACUUGAGGAGAUGAAUAAUCGCCACACUAGGCAGUCUUGGAGAGAUCGCUGGGUGAAGAAGGUCUCUAAGUUGUCUCAAGCCGCACUUGACAGCUUGGUUGCUUCCGCUCCUAAUAUCCAGCAUUCAACACCAUUCUCCGAAAUAGCUCAAGCAGGAAGGGGACGUUCGCUCGCCCCUGUUGCACCAGCUGUUGUGCAACUGCCGGCAGCGGAGACGCGGGCCAAACGCGCGACCCAAGAGGCUGAAGCCAAACCAGAACUGACUCCCUCGGAGAGAAACAAGUUUAUCAAGGCUGAAGAUGAUGAACUUUUACAGGCGGCCAGGGAGCAUGGCCCUCCACUCACUACCCGCUUUUUCCAGGCAUUCGCAGACAGAAAUACCAGCCACUCCUUAGUUGCCUGGAGAAAGCAUUGGACAGACAUUUUGAAACCGUUGCUAGAUGAAAAUUUUGAGGAAAAGGAUCCUUUACCCCAGGAGCUGUCUACGAGCAACCACAUGCUUAAGCCAGGCCAAUUAAGUCGACGAGAUGAACAGGCUAGGCAACUCGAUACUCUUCCCAUAACCAAGACGUCGGGGCCUGUUGUGCCGCCAGUCUCACGACCUACAGCAGAAAAAGAUGACAGCACUCAGACGCCAGCGACACAAGGCGAUGGCGUAGCAUCCCACGGUAUCUCGAGAGAAUUCUUCUUCGAUCAUCUGAAGGGAUUCUGGGAGUUUAGAAGGUUGAAAGGUGCCGCCGAUUCUGAAAUCAACAAAUUGGACCUUGGCAUCAAUCCCGAAAUCAAUGGGCAACCCAUCGACACAUAUCUUCUUUGGCAAGUCGUCAGGGACCAGUACCAGCAAGGAGGUGUUGAAAUUGAAUGGGAAGCAGCCGCGAAGUCUCUCGGCCUGCAGAGCGAGGCUGCCCAGCCAUUACAACAGUACUACACAGACUAUGUCUUCGAAUUUGCCGCCAGCGGCGUGUUGGACGAGCCCGAUGCAGAAUCCGAAGAUGACGAAGAAACAUCUCAGUCUGAAAAGGAUGAGCUUGACCUAGGAAUGCUGGCGAAGCCUCAAGACAUGCGAUCAGAUGCUACUCUAAGCACCUCCAAGAAAAGACUGGCUAUCGCCAUGGAUCCUUUCGGUACACCAUCAACUCCAAAUGGUAGAAAAAAGAGACAGCGUUUUGCCUCAGAUGAUGAAAUCCCUUCCACUCCUGACGAGAGGUUAGUUAUCGCAAGCUUUGGGAACAUUGGCCCCAGCCCCUCGCUCAGCGCCGGACAGGGACACAGGGCAGUUCAUGACGAGGUAGACCUAGAUAUGGAAGGACAGGUUGAGCAGUCCCCUUCUAGGAGAGCUCGUCGCUUCGAACCAGAGACUCAAGACUUUGCCUUCGAAGAUGCCCCUGGACAAGAAACACAAGGCAAUACCGAGUUUGACAUUUCACCGUCACAGCAGCUUCUUGGCGAGGUAGACGCUGUGGAAUCCGUGACACCCGUGCCUCUGUCGUUCAAGGACAAGGGCAAGGGGGUUGAGAGGGAACCGGCUACAAUCUCAUCUACAGCACGAGGGUUGCCCGCCGAGGACAUCAAAGUAGCCCCCAAAGAACGGAAAGAGCGUGCCAUCCCCGAUUCUCAAGAAUCGUUAGAUAAGACUGCCGAGCUUGAGGACUUGAUUGAGCGCUUCGACACGUUUGGAUACGCGCGCGAGGAUAUCAUUACUGCGCUUAAGGCCACGUCACUCUGCACUCCACUAGCCACAGAUCUGCUCAGGCAUCUCAUGAAGCACAAGGAGCUGCCUAACAACUGGCAGGGGGUCUGGACGACUAACGAUGAUAGGCGGCUCCGACGGGUUGAUGACGGGGAUUUGGAGGCUGGGCCUAAUCGGGCGAAGCUGCAAAAGUACUGGGAUUAUCUCGUGAAGAAGCACACGCAAGAGCGGAUCCAGCGGAGGAGAGAGUUUUUGGCGUACCUAGAUGAAGUCGCUCAGAGCUCCCAGUGA